AUGCUGGCGUCGAGUGUGGAGGAUCCAGGGGCAAUGCCUCCCGGAGAUGGGUCGGUGCCGCCGGGAAAGCCCAUGAGUCUGGGACAGAAAGUGGUGGACAAAGGAGCUCAGAUGAUGCAGACGUUGAAGCCCAUAAAACAGAUGAGCCAACACGUUUGCACAUUUGCUCUGUACAGCCAUGACAUGAGUCGCCAAAUCGAGACGCAUCACUAUGUAACCCGGCUCAAUCAGGACUUUCUCCAGUGUGCUGUUUACGAUUCCGAUGAUCCUACCGCCCGCCUCAUCGGUAUUGAGUAUAUUGUGUCGGAUACUAUCUUCCAAACUCUUGAACCAGAGGAACAGAAGCUCUGGCACUCUCAUGCUUACGAGGUGACGGCAGGGCUUUGGGUGAAUCCAGGCGUCCCGGAGGCAAUUCAGAGGCCUGAAUUGCGAAAUUUUGCCCAAACUUAUGGCAAAUUUUGGUGUACCUGGCAAGUCGAUAGGGGAGACAGAUUGCCAUUGGGUCCGCCGGCGCUGAUGAUGUCUCCGCAGGUGGUGAACAUGGGAAAGGUGAUGCCGGAGCUGGUUACCAAAAGAGACGAAAAGUACAAGAUUUCGAGUGAGGAGCUGAUAUUGUCGAGGGCGGAUCUUGCCGAUGGAACUGCCCCAGAAACGGUGGUGGUGUCCAAUGCGGAUUACUGGAUGCAGUCUGGCAAGGGUUUCGCUAUUGAUGUGGAUUUUACUGAUAUGUGA